GUCUCCGUUCAUGGACUCGUUUCCUCUUCCACUUCCUUUCCCCCUUUCUGUAUCAUCUGUUUCGCUUGUCAGCCAGCUUUAAAUGCGCACAGUUUUUAUCGUUCCCCGUGCUGUGCUUGUGUCUUGGCGAUCACGUUGUCUCGAUCGGACUGCUGUGGAUGAAACCCUUUCACUACCACGCGACGACGCGCCAUCGGCAAUGCAGUACGUGCUGGGCCGAGUGCGCAGUGAUAUAGGCGCCGCAAGCCCUUCUCCGUGAUGUGCAGGCGGACGACGGUUCGGAUCCGUUGACCCCUCGCUCGAAUAGGCGCCUCUUCCUAUCUGCCACGCCAUGAGCCACCAAUUGUCCGGCGACAUCAUUAACCUGAACGUCGGGGGAACCAGGUUUGCCACAUCCAGGCAGACACUGACAUGGGUGCCCGACUCCUUCUUCACGAGCAUGCUGAGUGGACGGAUAUCAAGCCAUCGGGAUGAGACUGGAGCCAUCUUCAUCGACCGGGACCCCAAGCUGUUCUCCGUCAUCCUGAACUUUAUGCGAACCAAGGACAUCGACCUGAGAGACCUGGACAUGAGUGUAUUGCGCCACGAGGCCGAAUUUUAUGGCAUCACACCCCUGGUGAAGCGGCUGAUCCUGUGCGAAGACCUGCACCAGUCCUCCUGUGGCGAUGUUCUCUUCCACGGCUACCUGCCCAUGGCUGCAGUACCGCCGUGCGAGGUUGCCACUGGCGGCCGCAACAUGGCACCCUCAGGUCUCCUGCCAACACCCGCUGGUGGACCCGACCGCCGUCCCGAACACGGUGCACCACGGCCACCCUUUGUUGUUGAUCCAUCGUGCCUAGCAGGACUGCCUGGUGUGGUCGAUGCGCGGCCAGGCUCCGUGUUCCGCGUGAUGCCCGAGGUUAGCAGCUCCCGACCUCCCCCAACAUCGUCGUGUGGCCACUCUCGCAACCCAUCGUUGGACGCCCGACAGGCUGGACCAUCUUCGUCCAUGGCACCUCCACCACCACCGCAACUGUCACGCAGCUCUUCUGACCUGCGGGCAGGCGGCGUCCGGGGCCACUCACGCGCAUCUUCCCUCGACCUGCGGCACUCGCGCAACUCUUCGGCCGACUUCAGCCGCCGCAUCCGCGACGACAGCGGCUGGGCCAGCACCGCACUGCCCCAGGGUGUGUCGGCAUGGCCGGACAAUCUGCGGGUCUGCAUGGUCAAGGGCCACCAGAACUGGAUCGCCGUAGCCUAUGCUCACUUCGUCAGCUGCUACAGGCUGAAGGAUUCAACCGGGUGGCAGCUGGCAUUCACCAGUCCCUACCUGGAGCCCGUGAUUGAGCGCAUCGCACUCAAUGCCAAGGUGGUGACGACGGCGUCGGCACAGGCACCCGAGAGUGGGGCCAAGAUGCUGGCCGUUGCCUACGGGUCCCAGGUGCGACUGUGGAGCAUCGCCCAGGAAGGCAACGGACGCGCCGAGAUUGGUGUCUUCCACCUGAGUGUUCCUGUGGAUAGCCUGUUCUUCAUUGGGAGCCAGCUGGUUGCCCUGAGCCAUCUGGGCAAAGUGGGUGUCUGGCAUGCCAUGACUCAGCACUGGCAGAUCCAGGAUGUGGUGCCAAUCACCAGCUUCGACACGGCGGGCUCAUGCAUCUUGCUUCUUGGCUGCACCAAUGGCUCCAUCUACUACAUCGACAUGCAGAAGUUCCCACUGCGUAUGAAGGACAAUGACCUGCUGGUGACUGAGCUCUACCGGGACCCAUCAGCUGACCCAAUCACGGCCAUCAGUGUCUAUCUCACCCCUAAGACCAGUCUGUGCGGCAACUGGAUCGAGAUUGCAUACGGCACAAGUGCCGGCACAGUGCGGGUGAUUGUGCAGCACCCGGAGACGGUGGGCCACGGUCCGCAGCUGUUCCAGACGUUCACCGUCCACCGCAGCCCCGUCACCCGCGUCGUCCUCUCCGAGAAAUACCUCAUCUCUGUGUGCAGUGAGUACAGCCACGUGCGUACGUGGAGCGUGACCCGCUUCCGAGGCAUGAUCUCAACGCAGCCGGGGUCAACGCCGUUGGCCUCCUUCAAGGUCGUCUCCCUAGAAGACCUUGAGCCCUCAGCCAGCUACCCAGCUGGAAAUGACAGCGGGCCCUAUGGGGAGCAGGACGACGAGCAGGUGUUCAUCCAGAAGGUGGUUCCCGAGACAGACCAGCUGUACGUGCGCUUCGCCUCCUCAGGCAAAAGGAUCUGCGUGAUCAAGUCUGUGGACGGGACCACCGUGACGUCCUUCUGCGUGCACGAGUGUGAGGGUUCCAACAGGAUGGGAUCCCGACCACGACGCUACAUUUUCACAGGUCACAGCAGUGGCGCCAUACAGAUGUGGGACCUGACCACAGCACUGGAUUUGGCAUCCAAAGGGGAGCCAACUUUUGUGCGUGACGGUGGCCCUAGCCACGGGGAACUGCUGCGUCUCCUGGAGCAGUGUGACCUGACCAACUCGCGCUGCUCGACGCCUUGCAUCAGUCCAUCACCUUCGCUGCUCGGUGGCGCUGCCACGCUGGCACGCCUGCGGGCUGCCAACCUUGUGCUGCUCGGACAGCAACAAGCACAGCAGCAUGCUCACGACGAAUCGUCAUCUUCUGGGCUGCCCGAGGACCGGCGGGUGACGCGGUGCUGACAGUGAAUGGCACCGGCAGCCAGCAGACACAUCGGUCACUUCUCACUGUGUUGAACGUGCUCCUUGUGUGUGGUGUGUGUGCACGAUGCACCCCUCCCUCGAUGGAUGGCCCGACUCACAGUUUUCCCGCUGACCGAAUGUCUUGGCAGCUGGUGUUGUUGCUCGUCAGGACUGCGUGAACAUCACCAGACAGUGUGCUGCUUGUUACAAAUGCACUCGUCACUUUUAUUGUGCGCACCGUUUAGCACAGAUUUAUCUAGUGGCAUCCUGAGAACACUCUUAUGUACCACAUGGUGUCUAAAAUGCAACUCCCCGAUAGAUAAUAAUGCACGUGUGGCCUUCCCCGGUGUGUAUAGCCGUGAAUGCCUGAGCAGGUGCCGUGGCUGUGUGCUCAUGAUAGUGCACUGGUGACAUGCCAUCACACCUUUCUUCCAUUGCCUCUCGUGUCCUGGUGACAAUAUCCUGGUAAUCGCUCAGUGUAUUUCUGUAGAGUUUCUGUCCACCUCUUCCCACUCCUCAAGUGUGACUGGUGGGCGUGGUGUGACCUUGUUGUAACAAGACAUGCUAUUUGUGGGUGCCGUGCGUACAUGGCAAAUCUUUUUGAGGUUUGUGGUUGCAGGCAGCAGAUAAGAAAUGGCUACCACAAAUGUCAGCCCACUCUAGUUUCUGCGAAGCCAUGUCACUUGCUGUAACGCUGCUAUGUUGCAGUCGCAGUCUUGCUUGCUGCACACAAGGGGUUCUGCGCCACUUAGGUCUUCAUAGUCAAGUGGCGACUUUAGGAGGCACGCAGGUGCAUAAUUAGCUUUGCCUCAAUUGUGUUGCAAUGCUAAUUGUCAAGGAUUGCUGCUACAAGCCUUCUUUCGUGAUUUUCGGCACUGCGCAGCCAUCACCCUUGAAGAAGACGGACCAUUUGCCCUUGUGCAGCUUGUGCAAGUGCUAUCCAAGGACACACACACGAAAGAUGCCCGAAACGAGUGGCUGCCAGUGUAUCCAAUUUUUAUUGUGUGCUCUGUUCCUUAUUCAUUCACUGGUGUUUGCUUGUUGCCAAAACCUGUGCAAUAGUGUCCCUCGAUGUCAUGGAAGCUAUACCGAUGCAAUGCCUCUGCAUUGAGAAAUUUAAAUAGCAUCUGCCCUCCCUCUUUCACUGUACCAGAGACAGGCUUGCAAGUUUUGUCUGGUGUGAAUUUCGUCUGCCUAAAGAACUGUUCCGAGUUUAAUGGUAUAAUGCUUCCCGUAUGGACUAUUGCUGCCAAGGUGGCUCGCUUCUUUUUCAGUCUUGCUUUGUUAGUGUCGCUGUUUUGAGAAGUGUAGCUGGACCUGGUUUCAUAGGAGCAGCCAUGAUAAUAAUUCAUGGACUGUGUUAUGGACAAUUCCUAUUUUGUUAUAGCCCUAACUUCAGUGUAAAAAAAAAAAUAUGUUGUGCUAGCAGAGCUGCAUUGUCGAGACUCCACCUUAGGCAAUGGAGGAUGUUUCUUUUGUACAGUGCUCUUGUUGUUUCUUGUGUUAUCUAUUACAUAUGCAUGAGAAGACCCAGGUACUCAACCUCCACUGCUGCAGAAGUGAUUCUAGUGAAACUGCAACGUUUAGCCUACCAGCGUUCGUGGUGAAAAAAUGCACACCCUCGACCAGCCAUUUGAAGCUUAGUCAUGCCUUAAUUAUGCAAGACUUUGUUAUGCUCGCAGUACUACAACUGAUGUGGCCAAAAAGCAUGAACAGAGUGCAAGUGUUUGACGUACACACUGGAGUUUGUUCCUUAUUUGUAAUUUCGAAGCAAUGCCUCUGGUCAUAGUAGCCGAGCGAAAUGAUGACUGAAAUAAUGGUAUUUCUUUGCCCCAAUUUCAUUUAUUUACAUAGAUGCAGUAGCAGUUACAAUUCAGAAAUUGUCACUUGCUUUGAUUAAAUGGAGGUGCUGAAACGAGCCAUAAAUGUGUUAACAGAAUUCAGGGUUCGUAGCCAGUCCUUGGAAAUGCUUAAAUUUCAUGGCAUUGCUUAAACUUUUGUAAAUUUUGUUUUCUGCUAAGCUUACUAGAUUUCAUGUGACAACCUGGUGGCAAGGUAGGUGCAAUACAAAAUUUGAGUCAAUCCAGCAGCAGCUUUGCUCUAGUUGGCACUG